ACAGGAGUGAAACUCCAUCUCCAAAAAAAAAAAAGAGUGAGUCUCAUGGUUUGGAAAUUAUAUAUCAAUUAAAAAAUCCACUUCAGCUAGCUUAAGAAAAAAUUUAAAAAGAUAUUGGUGACUCAUUGAAACUCCAGUAGGAAUAGAGAGAGAGCCAGGUUUAUAGGCCAUGUGGCUGGGCACAAGCUCCAGGUUACCCUGUAGGGGUUUCUCCUGCCACUGCCUGAGCACAUAUCUGGCAACUUGCAACACUAAAUACUGAGCAUAGGAUGCUGCUAGUUCUCUUGUCCCUGGUGCCUCUGAAACAAGCUAUCUUCCCAACAUCCUGGAUUUUACCUGUUACCUCCUUAUCUAUACCUUCUUCUGGAUCUAAGUCAGUCACGGGAAUCUCUCAUUCACAAAGCUCCAGCCACUUAUCUCUACCUUGGCUGAAAAGGAGGCCGUGAAAGAGAAUUUCUAGCUGUUUCUUUGGGGAGGCAGAAUUUGGAAAGAAAUUCCUUAAUGUAAGUAAGUAUUUUUUUUCUUUUUAAAGAUCCUCUGUUUUUAAUUUUUUUCAACUUAUAUUUUAGAUUCAGGGUCUAAGAUUCAGGGUACAUAUACAGGUUUGUUUCAAGGUUAUAUUGUGUGAUGCUGAGGUGUGGGGUGUGAGUGAACCUGUCACCUAGGUAGUGAGUAUAGUACCCAAUAGGUAGGUUUUUGACCCUUUUCUCCCUCCCCACCUCUCCCUUCUUAGCAAGAGGUUUUGAAAGAUGCUGAGCCAUUGAAGAACAUGACAAAUAUCCACUAGAGGUGUCUUCACACUUCAGGUUUGUGUAAUUUCUAUUUUAAUGGUACUUCACUUAUUUAGAAUAAUUGGUGGAAAGGAUCAUUUGAAUUAAUAAAGAGCUGAGUUAUGCCAAGAGAGCUCUGGACAAUGAAAAUGGAGAAAAGAACAAAGUGGUAAACAGAGAGCUAAUCCUUCUUUUGCUUUGUAUUAAACAAGUGACUAUAUAUUUAAAAAGAACUACAUAUAUUAGACAGAGUGCUAAGUACAGGAGAUACAACAAUGAAGAAGAUAGACAAGACCCUAGCUCUUGAUCCCUUUAGGCUACAUGGACAGACAAGGAAGCAUAACGUGACAAGCAAAGUAAUUAGAUAUGAAUAGGGACACAGAGGAGGGACAACAAUUAAAAAAAAAACCCACCUUCCCUUUUUAUUAACAAGUUGAGCUUUCAUUCUGUGUCACAUGGAGAUCCAGGGUUCCUCUAUGAUCUAUUGAAAUAUGCACUCCCCUCCACCAUUUGCUGUCAACUUUAUAGGGCAAUAAAUUAAUUGUGGCAGAAGCUGGCUACCUCUGCCCAGUUACCUUUGCUCAGUGCUCCCUAUGAAUCACUGAGGGAGAGACACGGCUAGAGAGAAACGAGGUGAUGAGAUGGCGAGGAAGCUCAGUGUAUUGGAAGUCCUUCUGAUCAUCUUCUGCCUAAUUGUGGUGGCUGUAGAUAUCCUCUUGUUGCUUCUUGUAUUGGAGGAACCUUCAGAUACUUCAUUUACUCCAGAGUGUCCAGAGAUUGACCAGUCGGACAGGAUAGACUGCACACCUGGCCAGGCGGUGACAGAGGAUACCUGCAGAUGGAAAUAUAAGUGCUGCUGGUUGCCUGUGGCAGAUGCCAAUGUCCCUAGGUGCUUCUUCCCUAGGAACUGGGGCUAUGAAGCCAGCAAUGGCCAUACAAAUACAAGCACAGGAUUUACUGCCCAGUUGAAAAGGUUGCCAUCCCCAUCUCUGUUUGGAAAUGAUGUCACCACCACCCUUUUCACAGCUGAAUAUCAGACAUCCAAUCGGUUUCAUUUUAAGAUCACUGACUUUAAUAACAUACGCUAUGAAGUUUCCCAUGAAAAUAUUGACACAGUUAAUAGCACUGCUAAUGCCACCAAUUUGAGCUAUUACGUGGAGGCUACUGAUAAACCUUUCAGCAUCAAAAUAAUGAGGACAAGCAACAGAAGAGUCUUGUUGGACACAAGCAUUGGGCCCCUCCAGUUUGCCCAGCAGUACCUGCAGCUGUCUUUCCGACUGCCCAGUGCCAAUGUGUAUGGACUGGGAGAACAUGUGCACCAGCAGUACCUCCACAACAUGACCUGGAAGACCUGGCCCAUCUUCACCCGGGAUGCCACCCCCACUGAGGGCAUGAUUAAUCUGUACGGAGCUCAUACAUUCUUCUUAUGCCUUGAAGACGCCAGUGGCUCCUCUUUUGGAGUGUUUCUGUUGAACAGCAAUGCCAUGGAGGUUACUCUUCAGCCAGCUCCUGCAAUCACUUACCGCACAAUUGGGGGCGUUCUUGACUUUUAUGUAUUCCUAGGAAACACUCCAGAACAAGUGGUUCAGGAAUACUUGGAGCUUGUUGGACGGCCAUUCUUGCCUUCCUAUUGGAGUCUUGGGUUCCAGCUUAGUCGCAGGGAUUAUGGUGGCAUCAAUAAAUUGAAAGAAGUUGUAAGCCGAAAUCGUUUAGCUGAGAUACCAUAUGAUGUCCAGUACUCUGACAUAGACUACAUGGAUGGAAAGAAGGAUUUCACUGUUGAUCAAGAUGCUUAUUCUGGUCUCUCAGAUUUUGUCAAGGAGUUACAUGACAAUGGUCAGAAAUAUCUCAUUAUUAUGAAUCCUGGCAUUGCCAAAGACUCUAGCUACGAGCCUUAUAAUAAUGGAAGCAUAAAGAGAGUGUGGAUCAUGGGGAACCAUGGCUCUGCUGUUGGGGAGGGAUAUCCAGGACCCACAGUCUUUCCUGAUUAUAGCAAUCCAGUGUGCACUGAGUGGUGGAUAUAUCAGGUCAUUAACUUUCAUAAUCGUCUGGAGUUUGAUGGAGUGUGGAUUGAAAUGAAUGAAGUAUCUAGCUUACAUCAAGCUUCUGAUCAGUGUGAAUCAAACACCUUGAACUUUCCUCCUUUUACUCCUAGAGUUCUGGACCGCUUACUAUUUGCAAGAACCCUCUGCAUGGACACGGAAUUUCAAGGGGGCCUUCACUAUGACUUCCACAGCUUGUAUGGCUACUUCAUGGCCAGAGCCACAGACUUAGCCCUGAAGAACAUCUUCACGGAUAAAAGGAGCUUCAUCUUAUCCCGUUCUACUUUCGCUGGAUCUGGCAAAUUUGCUGCUCACUGGUUGGGGGACAAUGCAGCCACAUGGGAUGACCUCCGAUGGUCUAUCUCCAGUAUCCUUGAGUUCAACGUGUUUGGCAUCCCCAUGGUAGGUGCCAACAUCUGUGGUUAUAACAACAAUGUCACAGAGGAGCUCUGCAGAAGGUGGAUGCAGCUUGGAGCAUUUUAUCCACUAUCAAGGAAUCACAAUGGGCCUGGGUUCAGGGACCAGGAUCCUGCUGCCUUUGGUGCUGACUCCCUGCUGCUGAAUUCCUCCAGACAUUAUCUGAACAUCCGCUACACCUUACUGCCCUAUCUCUACACCCUUUUCUACCGUGCGCACACCCGGGGAGACACGGUAGCAAGGCCCCUCGUACAUGAGUUCUACCAGGACUCAGCCACGUGGGAGUUGCAUGAGCAGUUCUUAUGGGGACCUGGACUCCUCAUCACACCUGUUUUAUAUGAAGGUGUGGACGAAGUGAAAGCAUAUAUACCUGAUGCCACCUGGUAUGACUAUGAGACAGGAGUGGCCAUCCCAUGGAGGAAGCAGUUUGUGAAUAUGCUCCUCCCAGGUGAUAAGAUAGGACUUCAUCUGCGAGGGGGCUACAUAUUUCCCACCCAGAAGCCAAACACAACCACAGAAGCCAGCAGGAGGAAUUCUCUGGGACUCAUCAUUGCCUUGGACUAUAAGAGAGAAGCAAACGGGGAGCUAUACUGGGAUGACGGUGUAUCUAAAGAUGCUGUAACUGGAAAGCAGUAUAUUCUAUAUGAUUUCUCUGUUGCCUCUAACCAUCUACAAGCAAAGAUUCUUUUUAAUAAUUAUACGGACACGUACAACCUAAUGUUUACAGAUAUCACAAUCUUGGGAAUGGACAAGCAGCCAGCUAAUUUUACUGUCUUAUUGAAUAAUAUUGCCACCUCCAGUCCAAGCAUUGUCUAUAGUGCUUCCACAAAGGUGGUAACCAUCACUGAUCUCCAAGGACUCGUACUGGGACAAGAAUUCUCUAUUAAGUGGAAUCUUCCUGUCGAUGACCUGGAGAAGUUCAACUGCUACCCUGAUGAUCCAACAGCCUCUGAGGAGAGUUGUAGGCAGCGGGGGUGUCUUUGGGAGCACACAUCUACUCCUGGCGUGCCCACCUGUUACUAUGACACCAUCCCUAAUUAUGUUGCCAGUGACAUUCAGUACCAGUACGCUGGCAUCACUGCAAACCUUUCCCUCCUGGUGGCCCCUGAAUUAGCACGAGCAGAGGAAUCUAGACAGACAGCACCAAUACCACCACUGCCAUCAAGGGAUGUGCCACCUCCCACUGCAGCAGCCGCAGCAGCUGCUGUUGCCGCCUCUGAUUCUCUCUCUGCAAAGAUCAGCUUCCUCCGCCUGAGCGUGAUCUAUCACACAGCAAACAUGCUGCAGGUCAAGAUCUAUGACCCAAAUAAUAAAAGAUAUGAGGUCCCAGUGCCACUGAACACCCCUCCCCAACCAGAUGAUGACCCUGAAAACCGUCUGUAUGAUGUCAGGAUUCAGAACAAUCCUUUUGGAAUCCAGAUUCAACGCAGAACCUCCAACACUGUAAUUUGGGAUUCUCAACUCCCCGGCUUCACCUUCAAUGACAUGUUUCUCUCCAUUUCUACACGUCUGCCCUCUCAGUACAUCUAUGGCUUUGGGGAAACUGAGCACACAGCUUUCAGAAGAGACAUGAACUGGAACACCUGGGGGAUGUUUGCUCGUGAUGAGCCACCUGCGAACAACAAGAAUUCCUAUGGUGUCCACCCUUACUACAUGGCACUGGAGGAGGAUGGCAGUGCCCAUGGAGUGCUCCUGCUAAAUAGCAAUGCCAUGGAUGUGACAUUACAGCCCACUCCUGCCUUGACAUACCGCACCACAGGAGGGAUUUUGGACUUUUACAUUGUUUUGGGGCCAACCCCUGAACUUGUAACUCAGCAGUACACAGAGUUGAUCGGUCGACCAGCAAUGAUUCCAUACUGGGCCUUGGGAUUCCAGCUGAGUCGCUAUGGAUACCAGAAUGAUGCUGAAAUCUCCAGUUUGUAUGAUGCAAUGGUGGCAGCCCAGAUUCCCUAUGACGUCCAGCAUGUAGACAUCGAUUACAUGGACCGGAAGCUGGAUUUCACCCUCAGUGCCAGCUUUCAAAACCUUAGUCUCCUGAUUGAGCAAAUGAAGAAAAAUGGCAUGAGAUUUAUUCUCAUUUUGGACCCAGCCAUUUCUGGUAAUGAGACCCAGUAUCUCCCAUUCAUUAGAGGACAGGAAAAUGACGUGUUCAUCAAAUGGCCUGACACCAAUGACAUUGUCUGGGGAAAGGUUUGGCCAGAUCUGCCUAACGUAAAUGUAGAUGGAUCCCUUGACCAUGAAACUCAGGUUAAGCGAUACAGGGCCUACGUUGCUUUUCCUGACUUCUUUCGUAAUAACACAGCUGCCUGGUGGAAGAACGAGAUAGAAGAGCUCUAUACAAACCCUCGAGAGCCAGAGAAGAGCUUAAAGUUUGAUGGAUUGUGGAUUGAUAUGAAUGAGCCAUCAAACUUUGUGGAUGGAUCCGUCUGGGGCUGCAGAAAUGAAAUGCUAAAUAACCCACCCUAUGUGCCAUAUUUGGAAUCUAGGGACAAGGGCCUGAGCAACAAGAGCCUGUGCAUGGAGAGUCAGCAGAUCCUCCCAGACGGCUCCCCCGUGCAGCACUACAACGUGCACAGCCUGUAUGGGUGGGCCCAGACCAGACCCACAUAUGAAGCUGUGCAGAAGGUGACAGGACAGCAAGGGGUUGUCAUCACCCGCUCCACAUUUCCCUCUUCUGGACGCUGGGGAGGACACUGGCUAGGAGACAACAGAGCUGCGUGGGACCAACUGGGGAACUCUAUCAUUGGCAUAAUGGAGUUCAGUCUCUUUGGAAUACCUUAUACAGGAGCAGAUAUCUGUGGGUUCUUUGGAGAUGCUGAAUAUGAGAUGUGUGUUCGCUGGAUGCAACUGGGGGCAUUUUAUCCAUUUUCCAGAAACCACAACAACAUCGGGUCAAGGAGACAAGAUCCUGUGGCCUGGAAUUCAACCUUUGAGAUGUUGUCCAGAAAAGUCCUGGAGACUAGAUAUACUCUGCUUCCUUAUCUCUAUACUCUGAUGCAUAAAGCUCACAUUGAGGGCAGCACUGUUGUCCGGCCCCUUCUCCAUGAGUUUACGGAUGAUAAGACAACAUGGGAUAUAGACCGUCAGUUCAUGUUGGGCCCUGCCAUCUUAAUCAGCCCUGUGUUGGAACGUAGCACAUUUGAGAUCUCUGCUUAUUUUCCCAAAGCGCUUUGGUAUGACUAUAGCACGGAAACUAGCAACAAAUCAAUAGGUGAGUGGAAAAUCCUGAAGGCUCCUCUUGACCACAUCAACCUUCACAUCAGAGGAGGCUACAUCCUGCCCUGGCAAGAGCCUGCAAUGAACACUCACUCCAGUCGACAAAAUUUUAUGGGAUUGAUUGUUGCUUUGGAUGACAAUGGGAAAGCUGAAGGCCAGAUGUUCUGGGAUGAUGGACAAAGCAUUGAUACUUAUGAAAAUGGAAAUUAUUUUUUGGCAAACUUUAUAGCAGCUCAGAACGUCUUGCAAAUCCAGACCAUACACAAUAAGUAUUUGAGUGACUCAAAUCCACUAAAAGUUGGAUAUAUUAGAAUCUGGGGUAUGAACUCUACCUAUGUGACACAAGUCAGUUUCACCUAUGACAACCAGCAAUUUAUGGAGAGAAAUUUCAAUAGCGACCCUUAUAAACAGACACUAACUAUUCAAUUGACUGACAAGAUCAUCAACCUGGAAAAGUUAACUGAGGUUACCUGGAUUUAUGGUGGUCCUGUCCUUCCUACUCCAACUAAGACAAGUACCAUCACGAUGAGUUCUCAUCCUUCUCCAUCUACUACUAAUGCUACCAGUUCUGAGACUAUCACUGGUUCUGCCAGUGCAAACACUACCACUGGCACUACUGCUACUGCUCCUAUCACAACCACCCCUUUUGCAACAAGUACUGUUGGUGUUACAACUAGUACUACUGUUCCCGCUACAACUUCUCCUUUCCCUACAAGUACUAUUAGUGCCAGCACUAAUGUUACUGCUCCUAUCACAACCACCCCUUUUGCAACAAGUACUGUUGGUUUUACAACUAGUACUACUGUUCCCGAUACAACUUCUCCUUUCCCUGUAAGUACUACUGGUGCCAGCACUGUUGCUAAUGUUCCUACCACAGCUAUACCUUUUGCAACAAGCACUAUUAGUGUUACAACUAAUACUACUAUUCCUAGUACAGCUGUCCUUUUCCCUACAAAUACUACUACUGGUAGCACUAAUACUACUCUUCCUAUAACAAUUACACCUUUUCCAACAAGUACUAUUAGUGUUACCACUAAUACUACUGCUCCUGAUACAAUUAUGCCUUUCCCUACAAAUACUACUACUGCUAGCACUAAUGCUUCUGUAUCUAUCACAGCCACACCUUUUUCAACAAGUACUAUUGGUGUUACAACUAGUACUACUGUUCCUAAUGCAACUGCUCCUUUCCCUACAAGUACUACUAGUGGUAGCACUAGUGUUGCUGUUCCUGUCACAACCAUACCUUUUGCAACAAGUACUAUUGGUGUUACAACUAGUACCACGCUUCCUGAUAUAACUACUCCUUUCCCUACAAGUACUACUAGUGCUAGCACUGUUGCUACUGUUCCUAUUACAACCACACCUUUCCCUACAAAUACUGCUGAUUCUAACAUUAGUAAUACUGUUUCUAAUGCCACUAUGCCUUCUUCUACAAGUAGUACCACUGUGAGUACUAUAGUUACUGUUUCCAUUUCAAUGACUCCUUCUCUGACCAGUACUGCUGAUGCCACCCUUAGUACUACUGUACUUAUUGCCACUACUCCUUCUCUAACAAGCACUACUGAUGUUAGCACUAAUACUACUAUUUAUAAUAUAAGUACUCCUUUUCAAACAAGUACUACUAAUGCUAGCACUACUACUAAUGUUGCUACUAUAACCACUACCUCUUAUACAAGUACUGAUGAUACUGUUCCAAUUACUGCUAUUCCUUCUCUUGCAAAUACUGGUGUUGAUACUACUAGUAAUAGUUUUUCUAUUAUGACCACUUCUUCCUCUGAAAGUACUAAUGCUACGAACACUAUUGUUAUGAUAACUACUUCUCCUACAAGUGCUGAUGUUGCUAGCACAAAUAAUGAAGCUUCUGUGACAAAUUCUCUUUUACUGACAAUGUCUGCUGGUAAUAGAACUAGUAAUAGUAUUUCCAUAUCAACUACUUCUUCUGGUAAUAUUGUUCCUAUUGUGACUACUCCUUCUCCAAGUACUGAUGCUACUAAUACAGGGAAAAAUACGACUCCUGGCAUAACUACUUAUUACCAAACUUCUCCCACCACUCCUACCCACAGUCUUACUUCUAUUCCUAGCUCUACUACUCCUAUUUCGAGCAUGUUUCUAACAAGUAAUACAUUCACUACUGAUAAAAUUACUAAUUUUGCUACCCCUACAAAUGCAAACACCAUUAUUUCCAACACUCUUGAUACAAAAAGUACCAUGAUAAUGGAUGCUACAGUUGCUACUACCAGCACCAAAGAUAAUACCAUGAGUCCAGAUACAACAGUUACUUCCACAGACAAAUUCACUACACACUUCACGCAGUUCACUGCUCCCCAUUCUGCUACUACUACAACUCUAGGCUUAAGCCACACAUCAUUAGCUCCUACAAAUCUUCCUAGUGUAGGCACCAUUGAUACUACUGCUGCCAGCACUACAGCCCCUAUAAUGGAUUUAGUUACUACAAAUAUUAUAACUAUCACCACAGAGGGAAACACAAAUACAACUACAGGAGUUGCUGCAGCUACUAUGAUGACAAAUACUACUUCUACAGAAACUACCACUGAGGUAAUUUCAACUCUACCUCAUAUAGGCACACCUGGUGCCAUCACCACAGAUGACAUGUCUCCAACGGCACUUGCCACAGAUACUGCCACUACCUAUCCUCCAGAUACCCCUAGUUAUGCUUCAAAUACCACCUCCACAGACACUGGAGAUGCUACUACACCAAAUACCACCAAUGCAAACAUUACCAGGAUAAUGCCAGGUGUUAUAGAUGUUGUAGGUACUCCCACGACUGUGAAUGUUAGCAUCACGACUAUUCCUAUUUUGAAUACUUUUUCUACUACUUCAGACACAAUAAUUACUAGUACUGAAGACUCUGCCACUUCCUCACAUAUAAACACUGCAGAUGUUACAUCUACUACUAAAACUACUGCAAGUGCCAUUACAGUACAUAGUACCACUAUAACUACACAUAUUUUCAACACAAAAACUACACAUUUAAUUACCAGUUCUGAUACAGCCUUUACAAACACUUACAUUUCAAGUACCACAGUUUUUCCCAUCACCAAUACUAUAAAUAGUACGGGUCAGGCAGUAAAUGUUACUGAUGCAGAUAACUCUAACAGUGUUACAGGUAACACGACACACAUUUCUGUUUCAAACAUCACAACAGCCUCAGACACAAUAACAGCUACUGGUCUAGAUUUAGAAACUUCCCAUAUGGUAACAACAAAUUCUACUACUGGGGAGUAGUGGCUAGUUAUUUACCUAUUACUGCAACUAGUGCUACCACAGAUACUACAAAUAUUACCAAAUAUGCUUUAAAUAUUGCCACUCCUAAUAGCACAAUACAUACCUCUACUACUGCACCUACUUAUAUUGCAGAUGCCAUAAAUGCUACUCUAGUUCCAUGAUUACUACUCAAGGCAAGACAGUUACCUCAGAUAACCCCUUCAGACAACUAUUACAGAUAUAGAAAGUCAGUUAUGAGAUACUCUAUUUUAUGCUACUUAAGUUUCCACAAAUGUUAGUACUCUAGCCACAAAAGACACAGCUACUCCAAACACUGUCAUCAUUGCAGACAUGUUGAGGAAGGCUUACAAUCCUUACAGCUUUCACCAAAGAAACUGUGGGUACUUAUUUUGCAGCCAUAAUAUGUACUCUUUUUCUUUUAAAUUAUAGUUAUUAUUUUUAUAACCCCAUCAAUUAAACGACAGAUGUUUUUUAUGUCCUAUAUAUCCUUGCUGUAGAUUUCACGGGUAAUUUUGGAUCUCAGAUAACACCACAUUAGGCUCUAUAAAUACCAUUGUCUUAGAUGUAGUUAUUAAAAUAGUUCAACUUGUUUCUUGAGUCACAUGACAUAAUGCCAUAACUGAGAGCACUGGUGAUACUCCCGGUACUCAAAUGGCUUCUAUACCAAGAGUUAUUAAUAUUACAAUAGAGUAUGUAAUUAGUCAUGUUAAAAAAUGCACUUUAUUCUCCUAUGAACUUUUCCAAAUGGCAUAGCUACCAAUAGAGUCAUUUGCAUUACACAUACUAGUAGUAUUAUUGCUUCUGAAGAGUUCCUAACCAUAGCUACAGAUAUGGAAAAUGCUACCAUUGAAGGUCUUGUAUAACCUUACUUCAGGCAUUGAAAUAAUCUUAAAUUAUAAAUAUUAUCUAUUGGUUUUACUAUCAUAGAAAAUAAACUGAUUAUAUAUCCUAAAAACAUAAAUUCCUGAACUUUGCAACCAUUAUUUUAUAGGUACUACUAAUACUCUUACUAUAGAUUUUUUAAGUACUUUCACUUAUAGACAGUAUUCUCAAAAUUAUAAUCAAUCUAAAUUAUGAGAUAGUCUUAAAGCCUCACUGUUACCACCAGUGACUGGCUCUGACUCUAGUAUAAAUCAGAAAUUAUCCAGAUAGAGGUGAGAAUGUAAAUAUAUGGCAUAAGGAAGACAGCCUCUGCACUGAAAUCACAGUUCAUAAUCUUAUUUGUGUUUUCUUCUUUUCAUACAAGCUUUUCCCUUAUAAUUUCACUGUCCAGACUCUCCUUCAUUAUGUUAGGGUUAUCAGUCUGUUCCUGAUCUUUUAGAUCCAAAUUCAUCAUUUAUCCUUGAUCUAGUCUUUUCUUAGGUCACUCAGACCCCCAGGAGUAGACCCAUGGUUAUUACCAAAUCUGACCAGUUGGGUACUUUGAAGGGUUAAUGUUGGGACAGUAUUCUCAAAGUUUAGUUCAUGGAUCCAUGGGGUGCCACAAGUUCUUAAAAUCUACUUUCAUAAUGCUUCUAAGUUACCUGUUUUUUCAGUCUCAUUGUCUCAUUAGUAUAUAGUGGCAUUGUCCAGAGACUCUAUGCUGUAUUGUGUCACAAUAGAUGAAUAUAGAAACAGAAAAAACAAUCUAGCUGUCUUCUAUUAAGCUAGAUAUUAAACAGAUUUAUAAAAUGUAAAAUAAUGCCAUUCUUCUUACUAAUUUUUUUUUUGCUUUGGAAAAUAUAGUUAGUUUUCAUUAAAAACAUAUUUUUUGUUAUCACAAAGUGAAUGUUAUUUUUUAUGAAUG